UCUGAAGCAGAAGUCAGUGUAGCUCUCACAUUGCAUCAUGUAACUUGAUGUUUAUUUUUUUAGUGACAGAUAAUGAAUCACGGGACGUCCCAUUGUUUUAUGAAAUGGGAGUGGCUGUAGGGGCUGGUCUUUAGGGAUUUCUAACAUAGAAUUCCUAGUAAACAAUACAUGUGCCAAAUAUUGCAGAGAGAGACUUCUUCUGGACAUACUUACUUCAUCUGGCACCAUGAGAAUGGAUCUAGAGAAAGCUGGAGACAAAGAAACUAGUCUGGAUCUGGAAUCAGAGCCUGAAAACCCUUUCUUACCCUCUAGAGAUCUGUUAGAACCACUUGGUCAUUAUGAAUGGACAUUUCGUGACCAUGGAAGGAAAAAAUUAGUUCCACCUCCAGAGAUGAUGCAAAGGUUCAGUAUACAGAGAAACAACUCCGUUUUUGUGGAAUGCAGGAUCCCCCAAAUGACGGAAGACACCGCCAGGAAUGCGCUCCUCAGCUUCGUUAAUUCCAAGUGUUGCUAUGGCAACAGAGCAGCAGGAGAACUCAUCAUUCAGGAGCUGAAGCCUCAGAGGUUGUGCAGAUAUCGACUAGAGACCUUUAAUGAAACAAGAUUAUGUGAAUGGACUUUUGAAGCUUAUACCAAUACUUUGGUAGAUGGGCCACAAAAUGGCACAUCCCCAAGACCAUGGGAUAUUAAAGUCCAAGUACCCCAGAUGUUUCAGGAUGAUACAAAAAAGUUUCGUGUACCUCAUUCUUCUUUAGUCAAGGAAUGUCACAAGUGUCAUGGACGUGGGCGAUACAAGUGUAGUGGAUGCCACGGUGCAGGCAGAAUGAGGUGUGUUACAUGCAGUGGAGCCAGGCAUAAAGCAAAAGCAAAAUAUCUUCAACAUCAGAAGCGGUGCCAGAUGUGUUCAGGUACUGGUCGUAAGAGGUGCAGCACAUGUUCUGGAAGAGGAAAUAAGACCUGUACAACCUGCCAAGGAGAGAAAAAGUUGCUACACUUUGUCCAGCUGAUAAUAACUUGGAAAAACAAUGUAUAUGAAUUCAUUUCUGAACAUGAGUUGAACUUUCCAAGGGAACUGCUUAAUAAAGCCAAGGGAGAGAACAUAUUUAAAGAUGAAAACAUUGUGGUGUAUCCUCUUGUUGAUUUCCCUUACCCUCAGAUUGUGCAGGCAUCACAAAGAGCUAUUGCAGAACAUAACGCCAUAUUCACUGGCAUGUCUCGCAUUCUCCAGCAGCGUCAGACUGUUGAACUAAUUCCUGUCACUGAAGUCCACUACCGGUAUGCCCAGAAGAUGUACCUUUAUUAUAUCUAUGGAAUGGAGAACAAAGUAUAUGCCCUGGACUAUCCAGAAAGAUACUGCUGUGGUUGCACCAUCAUCUGACAAUAGAAUGCAUUGUGAGGCUGUUUCCUGGGACCAAGUGAGCCAUUAUUAUGGCACAUGUAAGCAGUGUGGAAAUGGGCCAAGUGCAUAUGGAUUCCCUCUUUAGUGCUAGGGUGCACAAUGCUAUAGUGUUAUAUUACUUGCUCAGUGUAAUUUGUCCUGUUUUAUAACCUAUGCUAUAGAAUCUAAGGACACUACUUUAACUGCCAUGGUGCAAUGCUACAGAAUCCUAGGCAUUGUUGUUUUACGUGGUCUUUAGCCUUCUCUGACAAAGAGUUCUGGUGCCUCACUAAACUAAUCCUUUCAGGAUUCCAUAGCAUUGAACCAUGAUAGUUAAAGUGGUAUCAAAAAGUAUUAAUUCUAUAGUGUAGAUGCAGCCACAGUUUCAACAGUGAAUAAUAAUGUGCCUUCUGCAACUUAGAUUUUUAACAUGUAUCAACUAGAAAGAGACAUUUUUUUCUGGUGGUAUAAGUGAUGGAGGCAAAAAGAAUAUCAGUAAACUCUAACAAUCUAUAGUACUUUCUGAAAUAAUUUCAAAAUUCUGGGGGGAAAACAUGUAAUGCAAUACCCUGUAUUGAUUGAUGCAGUUUUCUUUAAAAUGUAUAUGCUUUAGAUCAAUAGAAAGAUGGCAAAGUCAAGGUAGCUGUUUGAUCUUGUUCAGAAUAUUUUUAAAAUGUAUAUAGAAGUAUGCAGCAUAUACCUUCUUUUACAAAGGUUACACAUACAGUGAAGUGAUAUCUUACGAGAAGGUCUGUGGAGUAUUUUAUGUCAGUAGAAUGUUAUAUUACCAGGAGUACAAGCUCUUUUUAUAUGUCAGAGAUAAUUGUAUGCAAUCACUAUCUCUGAGCUUUCAUUUGCUGGGCGUAUAACCAUUUGGAUAGAAAAUGAGCUCUGUAAUUAGGCAAUGUGUCAUUUUAAAGUCGUUUUAUAUAAACUGGCAGUGGUCAAAUGAGUAUUGGUUUCUGACUGAAUUUCAGACAAUCAUGUGUUCUGAGAUCCAAUGUGUUCCAAUGGCUGAAGAGCUGGAUUUAGGAGACCCUUCUAAUGCAUAGAUCCAGGCAUGUGUAAAACCAAAACUUUAAAAAAUUACUGUUUUAGACUAGAACUCAAAAUUGGGUGGUUUGGGGAUUCUGGGAAAUGUAGUCCAAAAAUAUCCUUCCUAAGUUGUGAGGGGAAAAAAGCUUCAUUUAAAUAAUAGAUUAUCUAUGAUGGAACAUUUCUUAUGGAUGCCAUCUGUGAUCAUGAAAACCAUCUAUUUCAGUGUAUUGCCAUUUUCAUGUGUCACAAGUUUACCAACAAAUGUCCAUAGGAUUCACAACAAUAAUAUGGGAAUCCGACUUAUAUUUGUGUUAUUUUAAGUCCACUCUACACAGAAGAAGAGUAGAGUGUCAUAUUUAUUGCCUUGUACUUAAAAUACAUAGAUUAAUAAAAUUACAGCGCUAAUGGAGCAUUUAACCCAUAGAGAAAGUAUCCUUAUGAAAUGCCCAUUUUAAAACACCGCUCAGAAGCCUGAAAUGAAAGGGGAUCUGGCACCUGCUGAAGUAGACUAUUUACUGUUAGACAGCUCUUGUUAUCAGGGAAUUCUUCCUUCCUGAUCUCUAGUUUGAAUCUUCUUUCUUGUAAUUUGAAUCCAUUGGCUCAGAUCCUGACCUCCAGAGCUGCACAAAAGAAAGUCACUCUAUAUUAUGUACAAUUACCCUCCAGGUAUUCAAAAAUGGCUAGCGGGGGGAAAUCCAGAAGGACUGGUCUUGGGGUGGUUUUUGGCAGUGCUGUGGAUAUGUUUGUGUGUGUGAAGAGAGAUGAGGUAGGAAGAAACUCAAUCGGAAUAAUACACACUAUGACGCUUUGUUACUAAUCUCUUUCAUUUCCUCUGAGCAAUAAAAUAUUUUCCACAGAAAA